AGUCCCCAGUCAGAAUUCACUAAUAACUGAUAACGUCAUUUGCGGCAUGAUAAUUGACCCGACAUUUGCCUUGGCUGCUUGGUUAGAGAAAGCAAUUUGAAGCUAGAUACGUUUCCUAGUUUGCCUGAAUGUUCCGUACUUGCCUCUUAUAAAAACUCAUCUCAAGCUCGCGCAACUUGUGCAAUUCACGAUCUCUUCUGUACCGCAUCACACGAAUAUUACUUCUGAAACAUGGCGUCCACGGCUGCAGUGAUCGGUAGCACAGGCCUCACCGGGUCUCACAUCUUGUCGACACUUCUCGGUCUCGAUGCCUUCAAGACCGUCUACACCAUCUCUCGCCGAGCUCCCGCAGCAGAGUCGCCUAAAUUGACCGCUACCGUCGAACCCGACACAACCAAGUGGGCAUCCAGCCUAUUCUCCGUCACGCCACCGCCGUCCGUAGUAUUCUCCGCUCUGGGAACCACGCGAGCUCAAGCCGGCGGCCUCGCGAACCAAUGGAAGAUCGAUCAUGACCUCAACAUCGAGCUCAUAAAAGCCUCCCGCACCGCCGGCGUCAAGACCUUCAUCUUCGUAUCCAGCGCCGGCACGCGCGGGCUCCUGAGCGCCUACAUCCCCUACUCGAAGAUGAAAAUCGGCGUCGAAGACGCCAUCCAGGCCGCCGGCUUCGAGCAGGCCAUCAUCCUGCGCCCGGGCUUGAUCAUGGGCAAGCGCGAGGUCGAGCACGCGGGGGGCCCGCUGAUGAAUACGCUCGUGCGCUCCCUCGGCAGGGUCAGCCAGGCCGCGCAGGACGCGUUCGGCCAGGAGUCCGAGGUCAUUGCGCGCGCGGCCGUGCGGGCUGCUGUGCUGGCGGCGGAGGGGAAGGCGCCGGGGAAGGUUUGGGUGCUGGAGCAGGGGGAUAUUGUUAGGCUUGGGAGGGAUGAGUAUAAGGCUUAGUUAUGCUCAG